GGUAGGCGUGAGCUUUGUCGAUGCCUUUAUUUUGGAGGUUUUUCCCGGAAGUGUAUCAGUUUGACUUCAGGCUGAUGUAACUCAGUGUAGCAGCUAUAACGACUAACUACUACAGUUUCUUUCUAAUAUUUUCUGUGUAAUGGCACUACAACUGAAAGACAAAGAUGCUUACCAAAGAAUGAACUAUCUUUACCAGGCUGCACAUUGUGUUUUAUCACAAAACCCGGAAAAUGUCGAGCUGGCUCGUUUCUACUGCUUCACACAGAAGACAAUUGCAAGGCGUUUAGUUCUCAGACAAGACCCAUCAGUGAAGAGAACAUUAUGCAAGAAGUGCUGCUCACUGCUAAUCCCUGGAGUAACUGCUACAACAAGACAAAGAAGAAAAAACAGCAAAACCCGGUUUACUGUUUUGCGUUGCCUCAGCUGUGGGCAGAGCAAGACUUUACUGAAUGAUCCCAAUCACUGUUUAUGGGUGGACCGUCCCGAGGCUCUAAUGGAGCAACAAAAGCAGCCAGAUCAAGGCCCUUCCAAUAAAAAACAGACGAAAGGCAAAAGACCUGAUGGGCCUGUGUCUUCUAAACCCAGCGCUGCCAAGAGCGAUGCAAAGAGCACGUGACAGCGUCUUAAGAUACGAAAUACCUGAUAUUUAUUGUCUUUAAAAAAAAAAAAGAUGAGUCCCCAGACUUCUAGUUAUUUUAAGGAUUUAGUUCCUUUUGGCCUCUGUGAGAUCAUUUUCUGCAGUGUUUUUGUCACAGAGCGAUUUUUGAAGCUACCAAUAGAUGGCCACCAUGUUGUGUACACUUUAAGAAAGAAGUGUGUAUUUUUUUUUUCAAAUGUAAAACCUCAUAUGUGGUAAUGAUUGUAUUAAAAACUGCAAACAAGAA